GAAGUGAUUCGUGGAAGACAUCAGUGUUGCCAUUCGUGGUUAAAGCUGUGAACGAAAUUUCACCAGAGAAGAUUUAGAGCAGUCUGAUUAAGCUGUAACCGUGACAACCCAACAAAUGAUGGAACAGUCUGUCACUACAGUGAUAAUACAACAGCCUGUCGAUCAGGCGAUUCCUCAAAGGAUCGGCGAGGUACAAGGACACAGAGACUGGUCGACUGGGCUAUUCGGCUGCUUCUCCGACUGCAGUUCAUGUUUGGCGACGAUUUACUGCAUGCCGUGCGUGCAGUGUAACAAUGCCACCCGACUUGGCGAGUGUAGCCUGCUGCCUAUUUGCUGCGCUGGCUCAAACGUCGCCAUGCGAACUCGCCUACGGACUCUCGGUGGAAUACGGGGAAGUAUCCUGAGUGACAUCUGUGUGACUGCAUGGUGCGAAUCGUGCGUUGUCUGCCAGAUGUCCAGGGAGAUGGACAAUAUGGGGAUGUAGAGCGGAGAUCCUGAGUUAUCAGAAAAGCCGUCCACAAUACAUAUACCACAGUUUAUCUUAGAAUAGUGCUUUAUUUUUAGGAUUUUAUUUUCUUUCUUAAUCUGAAGGAAAAUAUGUGUUUAUUUUCACAAAUAAUUUUAUAAAUAUCUGGCAAACGUUUUGUUUUUGAAAUAUGAUGAACUAGCUUGGACUUGUCUUUUGCUAUACCAAAACGGUGACCAUAAGAGAAAUUGUUUGUCAUAUGAACAAUUCAAUGACAAUUUUUCCGUCAAAAAGUUGCACACAUGCAUAUAAUAUGACUUUUGCGAUGGAAAUAACAAACAUUUAUUUAAAAAGGGAGGAUUUGUUAUUUAAUCGUCAUGAAUGAAAAGCUAUACCAAGAAAUCACUGUAACAAAAGCAUUCAUCAGUCAACGAUAUAAUAUAUAUAUAUAAAUAUAUAGGGUCUAGUACGUAAUGACGACGGUAUGGUCUGAUAUAUGUACCAGAUCCUAUCAAACUGAUGUUAGCUGGAUGCGUAUUACUGGAAAACGAUCAUUGUGACAUGCUGUCAUAACGACAGUACGGACAAGUAAAUUGUCAAAUUUUCGAGGCAAUUUUCCCCUUAAUCAAGACACAAGUAAAUUGUCAAAUUUUCGAGGCAAUCUUCUCCUUUAUCAAUACACAAAUAAAUUACAAACGAUCACAGAUAGACUUCUUUCUUUUGUAAAUACAAUUUAAAUUAAAUAAGUAAAAAAGAAAUUGAACUUGAAGACA